UAACAUGCUUCAAUAUCAAAGUAGAGUGUCCAAGAGUUUGUCAAAGAUCAGUGUAUCGAGAUAACCCAGAUGUUUCAGAUGUUGACGAUUCUACUCACGGACUUGAUUAUUUCCGCGUAGCAGUGUAUAUCCCAUUUUUGGAUACAAUUCUUGAGCGAUUUCGACUUAAUGAAAAAACGACGUUUGCUGGGUUGUUUGAUACGCUGCUUCCAACAAACUGUGCAAAAAGUGGUGCAGUGGAAGAAGAGUUCAUGCAGUUUUAUGGAAACUUUUCUCAAUUUCUUCAUGCUAUUAACAAUGUUAUGCCUCAUGAUACUAGUGGCAUGAAUGCCUUAGCGCAGUACCGAUUGUGGGUUGCUAAAUGGAAGUGA